AUUAUUCUUUCUGUUAGUUAUAAGUUAAGUUAAACUUUACAACACUGUACAUGAGUGGUAUUCUAUGAAGCGAGUUUAAGGAGUUGGCAAGGUAACUUUGGUCAACUCAAGAUAACCAGUCAUACGAAAGUGGCUUGCCUUUUAGCCAGGUACAUUUCUAUGGCAACGGAUCCUUCGGAACUAACCUGCUCCAGGGCAGACUAACUCGCGGCUUACUCCACUUACCCUGAAUGAAAUGACUGUGUAACGAGUUGAGGCCCAAUGGAAUCAGAUUCCCUCUUUCUUGCAAAUAUUGAAGAAGGCUGUUUAUUUGAGGAAGAUGAUUGAUUAAAUAUUUUAUUAAAUUAAUGACAGAAUGCAUUUAAAACUUUAAACGCACAGUAACACUUUUGUAUGUCUUAAUACAAUUAUUUUAUCGAUAGGAGUGGGGGGGGGAGGUGGUUGUGCAUUGAUAAGCACACCAACCAAAGUCGGCAUUAAAGAUAAGUGAUAAAAUACAGACUUCUAAAAGCCUAUUUCACCCCAUAGCCUGCUGAAUUUGCAAUCUAACGUUUCUUUCAUUUUCUUUUGUUUAAAUAAAAAAUGUGUCACCAACUCGCCCAAUAGAUUUAUAUUACGGCAUUGUCUCAAUGAAAAGUUCAGCAUUUGCUUAGACAUGUGCGACAUGCACACACAGUUAUAAACCUGCUGAAGUUAGAGGCAGGCGGACAAGCAAUAUCCACCGUCAUAGUAUGGAUGAAGCCGGAGGUGGAAUGUGACGCUAACUAAAGCUGGUUAGCUGUAGAAAACCUUGAGUAGAUCUAGCUUGCUUCGUAGGAUACCCCUCUGGUGAAUACAGUAGCCAAUCAACAGCGCUGUAGGCUCUUUGGAAGAAAGAAGCCACCAGCAAAAGCCCCGAAAACAGAAUUUGAUUGAGCCUUUUCUGUUUGUUUUGUAAUGGUAAGUGUUUUAGGCAAAAGUAAUGAACUGUUCCCUGCUGUUGACGCCAAAAUCAUGAACUUUGUUUUGUGUAUCUUGAUGUUUUUGUGUGCUUUAUAGCGAAGCAGCCGUCGCGAGUCGCUUGUUCAUAAAACAUCUAAUGAAACUUGAGAGCACAUCCCACUGGACAACUGGCUGUGCUUGCUUACGUUUGGUUCAUGACUUAAAAAACAAGUACAGGAGUGAUUCCUGAUGAGUCUAAAGCUCUGUCACUGCUGGCACCAGCGAACGCUGUGGCAGGAUGCAUGCCUGGAGGAGGCCUUCUCCCCACUCCAAAUCCUUUGGCGUCGAUGGGAGGCGUACCUCUUUCAGCUCUCGGAAAUCCGAACAUGGAUCACAUGGCUGCCAUGGGCAUGUCUGGCAACAUGAACCCCCAGGCCCUCUCUGCUGACUUUCUGAAGCUUAUUCAGUCCAUGGAUCCUACUAAGAUGAAUCAAAUGGCUGCUGGUGUGAUGGUUAAUCCUAGUAUGAAGAAUGACUCCAACAAGGAGAUAGAGGAGGCCAUGAAGCGGGUCAGAGAGGCCCAGUCACUCAUCUCUGCUGCUAUCGAGCCUGGAAAUAAGAAAGACGAAAAGCGCAAACAUUCCCGCUCCAGGUCCCGGUCGAGGCGGAAGAGGUCCAGGUCUCGUCACAGGCGAUCAAAGAGCAGGUCUCGACGGAGGUCCCACUCGAGGAACAGGAGGCGGUCAAAGAGCCCCCGCAGAAGGAAGUCCCACUCCAGAGAGAGGGGUAGACGGAGUAAAUCCAGGGAUCGGAGAAAAGAGGAGAAAUCCAAAAAGCGCUCCAGGACGCCACCUAAGAGCUACAGCAGUACCAGGAGGUCUCGAAGCAUCAGUCGGAGACGUAGGAGAAGCCGCAGCGCCUCUCGGUCACCAAAGAAGUCCAGGUCCCCAAAGAGGAAACUGUCCAGGUCCCCUUCCCCUAGAAGGCACAAGAAGGACAAAAAGAAGGACAAAGAGCGAGAGAAGGACCGUGACAGGGAUCGCGAGAGGAAAGACGACCGGAGCCGAGACGAAAGAGAACGAUCCACCAGUAAGAAGAAGAGCAAAGACAAGGAUAAGGACAGAGACCGCAAAUCUGACAGCGAGAAAGGAGAUGUCAAGAGCGCUUUGCUCUUGCAGGUGACCAGGGAUUAUGACGAAGAGGAGCAAGGCUAUGACAGUGGAAAAGAGGGAGAGGUAGAGGAGAGGAAGAGUGACUCCGAUUCUGCAUCCCCUCCGAAGCCCCAGGAGUCUGACGAGAAGCCUGUAGGAGAGAGCGGCAAGAAGUCCAAACAGAACGGAGAUGACCACCAUGAUGAGGAAGACAUGGAGAUGAGCGACUGAGUGCCGCCCAGGGAGACCCAGCCAGAUGACGUUACAGAUCACUGAAAACCGCCAUAGGCUCCAUUCCCUACCGUUCUCUUUUUAAAGGCACCUAGAUAACGUCUGAUCUUUUAAAUGAAUACUUGUGGGAGUCGUGGGUUGUAGUCUUAUUGGGGACGAUGUACAGUUUUUAGCAUUUUAGAGACACUUUCCAUCUCUAGACUGGUUAGGGAAAUUCUUGUUCCUGUUUGAAAUAGCCAGUUUAUUUCUAUAGUGGACCGUGUCUAGUGAGCAUGUGUAGGAAUUCUGUCCCAAAUUAUUUUUGCAAAAGAUAACAAAAAAAUGUCACGUUGCUGUACUUUUAAAUUGAAGGUCCUGUUGAAUGUGAGGGAUUUUGAAAUUGGUUUCUAUUUUUGUCCUAAAAGAUUUUACUAAUCUUGAACGUAGAGGAACUGUUUUCUCCUAAAUGACUCACUGAAAUGAUGCAUACUUAAACCUUUUACAGGGCAGGGGUUGGUCCCUCGGAUACUCACUGUUAAAUCAUAUUUAGCCUGGUACCGUUCUGGUGCAGUGCAGCUUUCUAUUCUUUGUUGGAAUCCUGACAGAUUGACUCAAUCUGUAAAGCACUUAAUACUGUUGUCUGUAGACAUGCCCUCCCACACCUGUGACGAUAUACUGUAAACUGUAGAUCGAAAUGAGUGUUUGGAUUAUUAUGAUGGAACACCUUGUACUGUCUACAUGUUUUACAAAGGAAAGUAUAUAAUAAAACUUGGUCGAAAUGGC